GGUAAGCUUUUCAUAACAACUUGCCGCAGGGUGGAAUAUAAAAGUUACUUUUGAAAUUUUAUAAAACCCGUUCUAAUUCGCAAGACCAGAUGGCGAAAAGAUUUACUGCAAUAACAGUGCCGUGGAAAGAAUUGGAAAAAAAGGUUCCACCUGAUCAGAGAGUUAAAUUUCUAGCAUUCAAGGCAAAAGCUGAUUCUUAUUUUCGAAGGGUUCAGGCAAAUCCACCGGAGCUUCCGAAGAUAGAUUGGGAGAAAUACUCGAAAAUUGUCUCGAAUCAAGCAAUGGUUGAGAAAUUCAAGAAGGAGUAUGAAGGUUAUAAGGUCCCAUAUCCCGAAGACAAGCUCUCGGCAACAAUAGACGAGCAGUGGAAAUCGUUGGAGCCAGAAAUAAUUGUGUUCUGUGCAAAUUUAGAUAAAGAAAUUGAAAUGGCCAGAAAGGAAUUAGAUACAAUGAAGAAACUUCCAAAAUUUGAAGAUAUGACGAUGGAGAUGGUUCGGGAUUUGUUUCCGGAACAGGCGCUGGACCCCGUCAAGAACCCCACAUUCUGGCCUCACGAUGCGGAGUCGCAACUUGAUUAUGUGCCAGAUAAACCCAAGCCAAAUAAAUAGUCUAUUCAUCUCAAAAUAUAUAACAAUAUACUA